AAAUGCCCUGGUUUGAAUCUCGGUGAACACAGUUAACGUUGCAACCACCAGUCUAGCUAUUAGUUACUGCUAAUGCUUUUUGAAAUUGCUGUAGUUAUACGUCAGGAAGUCGAGAGUAGUGGACUUUACCUUUAGAAGGAUACAACUGCACGACUAAUAGAACGCUGUAUCAAACGCUAAGACCCCGGGUGAAAGUAAACACUAACGUUAGUGGAAUCUAAACAGUUAUUUUCAGGUGAAGCGGCGACAUGGGUUCCAGCGAGAGCAAGAUUGCGACAGUAUCAACCCCCAAACCAGAUCCCAAUUUACGCAUUAAAAAUCUGCGUGUGGCGCAGCUCGUCGACCCCCGCUCCCCAUCCACAGACAUUGACCGAACGCCAAUCCAGAUGGCUGGUGCAGUUUCUAAAACUCGUGUGGAGGAACUUGCAGGAUCUUCAAUACCCUGUGACCCGCGCUCACCCACACAUGGUAUUUCCCGUACCCCACUGAAGGAUAGCGUGAGCGGGACAGUGAGUUCCUUUGCAAGGCGCCUGGGUAUGCUCUUUUUAAAUGAAUCUAGCGUGGAUGAAGCUGCCCCCCUUCCGCAGGUCACCUUUACCAAACACUCUGACCUCCCUGUGGAGGAGCUUGGCUUCACCGAACCCCUCCUCACCCCCUAUACUACACAGGACUCUGACAACGGUGAAUGCAUCACCAUCCCUAGCAUCCUAACACCAUCACAGGGCUACGGCUCUAUGGUUAGCAGCCCAUUUGUGUUGAUUGGUGAGGUGGAGGUGCAGGCUGACCUCUCCCUAGAGGAGGCGGAAGACGCCCUGCUGGCUGCCUCUUCCCCUCCUCUGAAGAGGGAGCUCAGUCUGAGCUUGCUGACCUGCCAUGAUGGCGUACACCCAUCCCAAGUCUGUGAGAAUGAAGACGGCCCCCUUGCCCCACCUCCUACCGAGGUCACACCCAGUGAGCAGGGGCACGAGGACCAUUUGUACGCCCUCCCAAUUGUCUCUGUUGAGCCUGUCCCGCCUGUCUCCCUGCUCCCGGUGGUAGACUCUGCUCCAGAGCCAGAGGUGUUUGAAGCUCCCGUGGAGGAGCCUGAGGUAGCUGUCACUGAGGUAGCUGUCACUGAGGUAGCUGUCACUGAAGAGCCUGAGCCCCUUCCUCAGCGGCCCAGCACCCCCAAAACUAGCUGUGCCCCCACACUGCCUACUGCCACACUCCAACCAGAGGCCCCGACCACUCCAGCCCACACUGGCAUCAGGUGUCCCUCCUUUGACACAAAGAGCCCCAGUCAGGUGGUUUUUAAGCCACAGUGGCUGGGAUUGGGCUUUGGAGCAACAGGGGUUAAGCCCAGAGGCCUGCAGGGGCGUGGCAAAGGAGGCUCAUCACCGCUCGCCUCCCGAAAGCCAGCCGAGAGCGAGAAUAAGGGCUUGAGUGUGAAGCCGAAGCAGAGAGGUAAGGCCCUCGCCAGCGACGGGCGCUCUCCUCUGCAGGUUCUCAGAGAGACCAACUCCCCUCGGGAGAACUCCUCACAGAUGAAGUUGAAGAUCUCCACCCCAGACAGACAGAGACUUGGGCAGUUGGACAGAAGAACUCUAAUUCAGUCUCUGAACAAAGAGAAUCAGAGAUAGGCUGGACUGUACAGAUAUGCUCAACACGUUGUAAAUACUUCAUACAUUUUUAAUGUACAGACAAUAUUCCUGUGUUUUGUUUUUCUGUCUUUUCCCUUGGACUAAAAUAACUUUUAGAUUGUCUGAUGUACAAUUUGUAUUUAAAUAAAAUUGAAAUUAUUAAGCUGUUUUUCUUCAUUUAAUAAUAAAAAAAAAAGUAAACAAGA